AUGGCGGCGGAGCGGGGAGCGGGGCUGCGCAUCUUCCGCGAUAUAUUAAGAAGAGCAGACAAGAAUGAUGAUGGAAAAUUGUCCUUUGAUGAAUUCAAAGCUUACUUUGCUGAUGGAGUUCUGAGUGGAGAAGAACUGCAUGUGCUUUUUCGCACCAUUGAUAUACACAAUACUGACAAUCUUGACACAGAAGAGCUCUGUGAUUAUUUUUCAAAGCACUUAGGAGAGUAUGAAAAUGUUCUGUCUGUCUUGGAAGACUUAAAUAUAACCAUACUGAAGGCAAUGGAUAAAACAAAGAAAGACUAUCAGGCAGCUUCCAAUUUGGAGCAGUUUGUGACUCGCUUCCUUUUGAAGGAGACACUGAACCAGCUGCAAUCUCUCCAGAACUCCCUGGAGUGUGCCAUGGAAACCACGGAGGAGCAGAGCCGGCAGGAGAGAAAAGAUCCAACAAAACCAGAAGUGCUCUCAGUUCAAUGGCCAGGAAAACGCUUAGCUCGAAGGCUUCAGAGGAACAACAGCCUGUCAUCAAAUAACCCUUAUUCUAGCACAGGUUGGAUUGAGGAAGACAGCCAAUGGGUGAUCCAGAUAAACAGACUGCAGAAGCUAAUUGAUAGACUGGAAAAGAAGGACCUAAAGCUUGAGCCACUUGAAGAGGAAAUUUUGGAAGAAAAUGCAAGAUCUCACAUAAUGAUCGUUCAGCACCAAAUGUCUGUGAAAGAAGAAAAAGUGGAGGAAUUCCGUCUUGCUCUGAAGCAGUACCUGGAAUCUGCUUCUGCUCAAGGUGGCUGCUUGCAUGUUUCCAUACAGAAGUUUCCGAGUAAUUUCCACUUCAUUGUUUAUGAGUUCUGGGAAAACAGAAAUGCCUGGAAUAGCCACCUUCAAAUGAAUUACAGCAAGGCAUUCCAGAGAAGUAAUGUGGAUUUCUUGGAAACCCCAGAGGUCAUCACAACAAUGCUAGUCCCUGCAUCGUGGUGGGCCCUCAAUAACAACUAGAAGCUGUGGUUACAAGUAAUGUUAAUGCUAUAUUGUCUUUCAUAACACUAACAUUCAUAUUGCAGUGUACAGGUGAAAUUACGAUGUGAUAACAUUUAUUAUGGAUGGGAUCUUUUCCACUUUAUCCAUUCUAAAAUCCGGAAAACUGUGCAUUUAUUACCUUUUCUUCUUGUGACUAGUUCAGUGAAAUGAUGCAUUCUAAAAACUGAAAUAAGACAACUAUGAUAAACUAUUUAUUUCUGUGACAGUCCAAACUGUCACAGAAAAGUACGUCUUGAAUGUAUGACUAAAUAUUUGUGAAAAGUUUUAUUACUGCAUUAAUAAACAACCAU